AUGAACUUGGCUGCCUUUAUCUUUUUUAACGAUGAUGACACCCUAAAAUCCACGCACAAAUUUCAUCCUGAUCAAUAUUAUCCUCUAAAGUUCUUAGUCAAGUCUUUCACUCGACCCAAUGCAGAGUACCCCAUCAUUGCGAACAUGGACAGGGCCCUUCUUCUUUCUCGUACGUGUCCUGAUUACGUCCAGCACAGGCCGCUCUGCAAGCACAUAUAUCUGACACCAAGGAUCUACAGAGGCAUGGAGACCAACUACGGCAGGGAACACGUACUUCCUCAAGAGCCACGAGAACCCAUCGGUAUUGAGAACGAUCUCGAAAACGAACCCAGUCCCUUCUUGAAAACCCGUUUUCACCGCAAUUCCGUCUCCAACUACAAGCAAUGA